GGUCCGUACACUCCUCACUGCACUGAAUGGCAUUAACCGCAUUGUCCAGCUUGUUCCUUGGAGUCUUGUCUUUGGGAUAAACCAGUUCUUGUCUUAGGGUGUUACCAGGUUUGAAAUGUACGGGGAUCUGGUGUUGGUUAAAAAUCCUCCAAAACAUUUCCGAAACUCCUAAAAUGUAUGGAAUGACGACAUCCCCCUCCUCCUGUUCCCCCCCUCUUUGUGGGAGUCACUUCACUUUCACUGUCACUUCACGGGUAAAAGAUCGAAAUGCCGUAUUAUUUGCUAGGUUGUUCACCUGUUAUCUCGGACUCCGUGACAUACUGUAAAACUUCAGGCAUCUACAUACGGGCUCCGGAAACUAUCACUGCAGCACAACGGGAAAUCAAUUAAUGCAUGAUAACGACAAUAUGUUCGUUAUCUUUUACAAUUAUACACACAACACACCUCGGAUGACACACAAACACAUGAAGGAGGAGCCACUAAGAGUAAACUCAGUUGGCAGAUGCCAAAGUGUCUGAUUAGACAGAACCUUCCAUAAGGAACGCGUCGCUGAAGAAGAACACAACACAUGAGAAGAUAAAGAAGAAGAAGAAGAAAAACAACAAUAAGAAGUAAGAAGUUCCUCACUAUGAUCAGUCGGGGUCAAACUCCACUUAUUUCUCCUUCUUCUAUCACGAGCGGUUCUUUGAUGCGAUGGUUCCGUGGUUUGGUUCCUGUCGGAUACACGACUGAAGUUAAAGAAGUAUGGAAACUGGCCACACCAGCAUUGUUUACCCACAUGAUGCUAUUGCUGAUGGGUUUCGUCAGCACGGUUUUCUGUGGACACCUGGGGAAAGUCCAGCUCGCCGCAGUGUCUCUGGCCACAGGAAUUGUUAAUACGAUGGGAGUAUCUGUGGGCAUUGGGAUGGCAUCAGCGUGUGACACCCUGUUUUCCCAGACCUUCGGCGGAGGGAACCUCCUGAGGGUGGGGGUGAUUCUGCAGCGAGCCGUCCUCAUCCUGCUGCUCACCUGUUUCCCCUGCUGGGCCGUGGUCAUCAACACUGAACCCAUUCUGCUCCUGUUCCAUCAGGAACCAGAGGUGGCCCGGUUGUCUCACGAGUAUGUGAAGAUUUUUAUGCCAGCACUUCCUGCUACUUUUAUGCAUACUUUAUUAAUUAAGUACCUGCAAAACCAGGGCAUCGUCUGGCCACCGGUCAUCAAUGGCUUGCUGGUCAAUCUCCUCAACGCCCUCCUAAACUACAUUUUCCUCUUUGUCUUCCAUCUAGGAGUGGCUGGUUCUGCUGCUGCCAACUUGAUUUCUGAGAUCUCCAUGCCUGGAAUUCUCUACACUUACAUCAGAUGGAAAGGUCUCCAUAAGGCCACCUGGGGAGGUUGGUCCAAAGAGUGUCUGGAGGACUGGGGCUCGUUUGCCAAGCUGGCCAUUCCCGGUCUUGUAAUGAUGUGUGUGGAGUGGUGGACCUAUGAGCUUGGAGGAUUCCUGGCAGGUCUCAUCAGUGAAGUUGAACUUGGAGCUCAAGCAACGGUGUACCAGCUAUCUACCUUUGCUUUCAUGUUCCCCAUCGGUUUUGCAACAGCCGGCAACGUGAGAGUUGGCUAUUUCUUGGGAGCCGGAGAGAAGGAUCAUGCCAAACGGUCGGCCAAAAUGGUCAUCUUCUUUGCAGGCCUGGUAUCUCUGCUCUUAUCUGUUCUCUUUGGGAGCCUGAAGGAUCACAUCGCCUAUGUUUUCACUAAUGACCAACAGAUCAGACAGAGAGUGGCUGAAGUCAUCCCUGUCUAUGCUUCACUAAUGGUCUUCGAUGCCGUCAGUGCUGCUUCAUCUGGUGUCAUACGUGGAGCUGGUAAACAGAAAAUCGGUGCUGUAUGUAACAUUCUAGGAUAUUACGGUGUUGGUUUACCCGUUGGUCUUCCUCUGAUGUUUUCAGCCAAGUUAGGGAUCAAAGGUUUGUGGGUCGGCCUGCUCACCUGUGUGUUUCUGCAGUCCUCUGUUCUGGUUCUGUUCCUGGUCAGGAUGGACUGGGGUACAGCUAUGAUGGAGGCUAAAUGCAGAGCAGGACUCUACCCCAGCCACACAGUCACCAGCCUAUGUGUAGAAGAUAGUGCUAACUCACCAAAACAGUUGGACACGGUGGAGCUGAUGGAUGUUGUGCUGCAAUCCAGCAUAAAGAGGCAAAAGAAGCAGCAGGAGCAGGAGCAGCAGAGCAGCAGGAGCAGCAGCAGCAGGAGCAGCAGCAGCAGCAGGAGCAGGAGCAGCAGCAGCAACCUCUCAGAACACUGAUCUUGAGACGAGGCAUGGUUCUGGUCGUCAUGGUCCUCAUCCUGGCUUUUGGAAUCACCAUAAAUGUUGUGGUCACUCACUCUGUCACAUGAUCAUCAUGAUCAAGUGGAGCAGAGGUUUGGGCAAUGUGAUGCUGAGUGAGGUGCAGGACCUGAGAGCAGGACAGGAGAGACGAAGACAAAGACAGAAAAAGCACAGCUGGGUUGUUUGAAAAGGCCAAAGGUCACAUCGACAGGUGUAUUUGUCAGAAUAAAAGCACAGGUUGUUA